AUGUUCGCUGGGUCUUCGACGGGAGUGCACUUCAUCAGCCAAGCUGAACAACAAUUGCAAAUGCUCAGGAUUCAUUCAGACACAUUUCCAAGCAGCGUUUACAGCCUCUAUCUCCACAACCUAUGGAGCGUUCCAUCGCAAGACUCCGACUCUCAGAUAAUCGCUGCUAUCACCGGCCAAAUUCCCUUGGACGCUAUCGAUAUCCUCGAGAAAACUAUUGACCGUUGGACACCUCUGUAUCCCAUCGUGCAUAAGCAGUCUACCAUAGAGGCUUUCCAGAAGCUCUACGAUGACCCUGAGCACGGCGACCUCAGCAUCCUAUAUCAGGUUCUGGGCUUGUUGGCUUUGGGGACUCUGGGCCACGCAGGAAGUUGCGAUCAGACUCAUCGGCACUUUCUAUGCGUUUCAGACAAGUACUACACGAUAUUUACCUACAAUUAUCUUCUCGGCACUCUGUUGCUUCUCAUCUGGGAGGAAUGGCCACUAGAAUGGCUCAAAAUCUUGGUCUUCAUCGUCACUCACAACGCUUCAAAUUUGACCCGUUGGAGACUGAGUUGCGGCGGCGUGUAUGGUGGUGCCAGUACUCUCUUGACACUCAGAUUUUCAAGUGCUUACCAUGGAAUGCCACGACUCAUCCGCGAUCAAGACGUCGACACCGAUCUACCAUCACGCGUCGACCACGAUCAAGUCUCCCGUAACAGCGUGGCUUUCCCCUUACCUGGCGAGCGAUCACAGGUAGACUCGGCAUUAUGCAUGUUCAAGCUUGCAGUCAUCGUUGGAGAGGCGUUAGAGAAGCUAUACACAACUACGCGGAGACGCGGUGGUGUGGCAAAGAUCACACAGCUACAAGCGGAACUUACCAUGUGGGAAAGAAUGCUGCCAAUUGACAAAGCAGCCGAUGCCGACGACGAAGGGGUGGAACCACCAGCAGUCAGUAUUGACGCAUUUGAAGUCGCAUUCCUUCGUGCCGCUUUCUGUAAUGCCACUGUGCAUGUCCAUCGCCCGGCCCUGGCUUUCACGACCGCAGAUCCUCAGUUCACCAUUUCUUUGAUGGCGUGCGGUCGUGCCUCUGCGGAGCUCAUCCGACUGUCUUCAAGUUUAUUGGGCGACUUGACAUUCGAUACGACCCAUCGAAAGUUGGACGCCAUGAUCAUUGCUCACUUGCAUCCCAAUGGCAGGCAUAUGCUUUGGCAGGCUGGUUUGACGAUACUUUUUGCUAGAUGGAAAGGCCAGCCCAUCACCACGGAUGAGGGGGAUGAGGAUCUCGUCAGAACCUGCGCAGAAACACUACGACAGUUCAGGGAGGAGAAUGCCAAAGGCUACAUCAACCAAUGUGCUGAAGUGCUUGACAUGCUCCGAGUAAAGACAUUCUCAUCGAAAGAAACGCAACCGCCGGGGAUGGACCAGCUUCAGUGGAACGUCUGGGACUGGCCCAUGGCUUCGGCGUUGGAGCUUGCAAACACUCUCGAUGCCAUGCCAUUGGACCUUCAAUUUGGACCAGGGCUUGACCUCUGA